AACACAUAAGUUUGAAUAAUUAAAAAUACACCAAUGUAUCGAAUAAGUUUGAAAAAAAGAGUAAUCUCAAAUUAAAAAUUAAAAAAGGAUUUAUUUAUAUGAAGUGAAAAUCCAAAGCGGCGGCAGCCAGCGUGGCCACGACAGAUAAAGUCAACGCAGAGCACAUAACAUAGGUCCCUAUCACACUCACACGUUCCUUCCCUUAUGAGGAAAAAGAUUAUCUGAAUAAUGAUCCAAGUUUCAAGCCCAAACCCCCAACUCCGCCUGCAUGGGCCGACCACUGCUCCUCCCUUUCUGCUUCAUCCUUCUCUCCGCCGAUCUCAUCCUCGCCGGCCCCAUUUCCAUCCCAUCCAUACAGAUAAACUUCACUGCCUCUUACCUUCAAUUCAUAGACAACUCCGGCGCCUUCCUCGCCUCUCAGAAAGGCUCCUUCGAGGCCCGAAUAACGAAUUCAAAGCCCGAAUCCAAAUCCUUCUACUUUGUCGUCAUCCACGUCGCCUCCCACACCAUCGUCUGGUCCGCCAACCGCAACCGCCCCAUCUCUCUCUCUUCUCAGCUCCGCCUCACGGAAAAGGGCCUAACUCUCUACAACGACACCGGCCUCCCAAUUUGGUCAACACCUCCAAACCCUAGGCCCGUUUCCUCUCUGCACCUGCUCGAAUCGGGAAACCUAAUUCUCCUCGAUUCCGUCAACAGCACCGUGUGGCAAUCCUUCGAUUUCCCCACCGAUCUGCUCGUCGUCGGUCAGCCGCUGCGUGUCGGGAAAUCUCUUGUGGCGCCGUUGGGCGGCGACGACGGAGAGCUGUCGGAAGGCGGCUACAGGCUAGUCGUGGGCGACGAUGACGCGGUGCUUCAAUGGAACGGGAUGGUCUACUGGAAGCUCUCCAUGGAUGGAAAGGCGUUCCGAGACGCGAAUUUUGCCGUCGAGUUCUUGAUUGUCAACACCACUGGAUUGUUUCUCAUGGGUGGUGAAAAUGGCCGGAGGGUUGUGAUGAAGAGAAUUUUCGACACCGCAGCAGCCAAUUCUUCGGAUUUCGGGUUCGCGAAGCUCGAUUUCAGAGGAUUGCUGAGUGUUGUGAGCUUCAAUUCGGUUGAUAGAACGAGCAAGGAAUUGUUGGAGAGGCCAAAUGAUAAGUGCCAGAUUCCGAUGAUUUGCAGGAAGCUCGAUGUUUGCAGCAAUGGCGGUUCGUGUUGGUGUGCACCGGGAUUCCACAACGAUCCCAAGAUCAACAAUGGCGAUUGUGUUCCCACAGAUACCUCUCUGGUUCUACCGGAUUCUUGCAACAACACUUGGUCAUCAGCAUCAGACUAUACGAACAUUAAGUAUUUUAGUUUGAGGAGCGAUUUGGAUUACUUCUCAAACGAUUUUACCGAUCCCGUGAUCCGCGACGUCAAUGUCUCCUUUUGCCAAAAUCUGUGCUCCAAAAACUGCUCGUGUUUGGGCGUUUUCUUCACCGAGACCUCCGGCUCUUGUUACAUGAUCCGAAAUUAUCUAGGCUCGAUGAAAUCGGGCUCCGGAAACCGGGCAGGGUACGUCAAAAUGGUGGCUGUCGGAGUUCGAACCAGCGAUGUCGAUAAUAAUAAGGAUGCUUUUCCGACCAUAGCGACGGUGUUGCUGCCAUCGUCGGUUGUUCUAGCAAUUGCGGUUGUUGCAUUAGUUUGUUUAAGGAGGCGGCAGAGGAGAAGGUUCUCGAAGAAAAUAGCGAGAUCAAAGCUGGAUUACGACGGCGAUGAAGAGGUGGAUUUCGUUUCGAUCCCGGGGCUGCCGGUGAGGAUCGAUUACGAGGAACUCGCGGAGGCGACGCAAGAUUUCAAGAAUCAGAUCGGCUCCGGCGGAUUCGGGACGGUGUAUAAAGGGACUCUCCGCGACGGCAGCGAGGUGGCGGUGAAGAAGAUAACGUGCUUAGGAUCGCAGGGGAAGCGAGAGUUCCUUACCGAGAUUGCCGUGAUCGGAAAAAUCCAUCACGUCAAUCUCGUGAGGCUGAAAGGCUUCUGCGCGCACGGGGCGCAGAAGCUUCUAGUCUACGAGUACAUGAAGCGCGGCUCCUUGGAUCGCAGUCUCUUCCAAGGCGAGCCGGUGUUGGAGUGGAAGGAGCGGUGCGAGAUCGCGGUCGGGGCGGCAAGGGGGCUCGCCUACUUGCACUCCGGCUGCGAGCACAAGAUCAUCCACUGCGACGUCAAGCCGGAGAACAUCCUCCUCCACCACGAAUCUCAGGUGAAAAUCUCCGAUUUCGGCCUCUCCAAGCUGCUCACCCCGGAGGAGCAGUCGGGUCUGUUCACGACCCUGAGGGGCACGCGCGGCUACCUCGCUCCGGAGUGGCUGACGAGUUCAGCUAUUUCCGAUAAGAGCGAUGUGUACAGUUACGGGAUGGUGCUGCUGGAGAUCAUAAGGGGCGGCAAGAAUUCGUCGCCCCAGACAUGGAGCGACAACUCGGGCUCCGCCACCCUGUCUCCCACGGGAGACUCUGUAGGGCAGCGGCGAGUUUACUUCCCUCUCCUCGCGCUACAGAUGCACGAGGAGAGGAAGUAUCUGGAGCUGGCGGAUCCAAGGCUGGUGGGCCGGGUCCGCAGCCACGAGGUCGAGAAGAUGGUCCGCGUGGCGCUCUGCUGCGUGCACGAGGACCCGAACUUGAGGCCCUCCAUGACUAAUGUGGUUGGGAUGUUGGAGGGCGCGGUGCCUCUAGUCGAGCCCAGAUUGGAGUCGCUCAAUUUUUUGAGGUUUUAUGGGCGGAGAUUCAUGGAGGCGUCUACGUUGGGUGAUGGGACUGAGGCUAAUGAGUUCAUGUUGUAUAGGCAGCCUACCUCCAAUACUUCUUCCACUGUUUCGUAUAAUUCUUUCUCCUAUAUGUCGUCGCAUCAAGUUUCUGGUCCCAGAUAGCAUUGGUUGUUAAUACGACUUUAUUUGUCUAAAAUCGUUUUGGUUUGUAUGUAAUCAAUUCGAACAGAGAUUUUACUAUUAGCAUAUUUUAGGAAUUGAAUUAUUGUGAUUGUUGUUUCA